GAAGAUGAGGAAGAGGAACAUGUCACCAAAGUAUGUUAUGCUUUUGUGAAAUUUAUGAAAUUGGCGAAAAGUUACGUAUACUUUGCAAGUUUGUGCUUGGAAUGAAAAUUUUGUCGUUGAAAAAUGUAUGCCUGAUCGAUCAACUGAAAUAAAAUUCAAAAAAUUUUCUUAACCGUAAAAAAAAAUGAAACAGAAUAUGCAAGUAAUCUUGUUGUUCACUCAAUGCUUGACAAUUUCCACAUUCAAUUAUUUCAUCAGAUUUACUACUGCAGUCGUACUCACUCUCAGCUGACCCAGUUUGUAAGGGAGGUGAUCAGAUGCCCGUACGAUGAUGUUCGAGUUAUUUCUCUUGGAUCUAGACAAGUGAGUUGACAUGAAACCCUCAAUGUUUUUGUGGGGGGUGGGGGGGUGGGGGGGGGAAUUAUGUAAAAAUGAAUACAUUUAAAUAUCUCACUUUGGAUAAAUUCCUUUAACUUAUUUCCUAUAAACUGUUAUGUUGUUUUCAAAUGAAUACUUUUGCGUAACUGUUUUUUAACUCUUUCCGCCGUUCUGAAAAGCACGAAUCAACGCGCUGUGGGUUGUUUCAAUAUCAUGUUUGCUUCUUUGCUAUUUCUUGGUUAAACGUUUUUAAGAGCUAUUUUUAAAUAAGACUUUUACAUAGAAGAGUGGUACUUCAUUGUUUAUAAGCGAAACAAAGGUUUAUUUCUCUAAUUUGAAGCAUUAUUUUAAAGAUAUUCUUCGCAUUUUUUUUUUCUACUGUUGCUAUGGCUACCCUUCGUCCUAGUAGGUAAGUUUCCUAGACGAUUAACAGCUCAAAAAGCUUUGGAAUUGUUUUAUACUAUUUAUUUUGAUAGUGAAGGUGAUUUAUAUUUAGAUCCAUCACAUGAUAGUAGUUUUAGAGGAUUUGAGUUAUAGAAGUGAAGAUGAGGUGUGCAUACAUGAAAGGGUUUGGGGAAAAAAAUGCUUUAGCAUAAGGUGCAUUUUAAGUCUUAUAAACCAAACAAUAAUAUUUUAAAUAUUUUUUAAUAACCCAAACUCUCAUUCAUUUUUGCUCUUUGAAAAAAGUUAUAUUUUUGGGGGGAUAAAAAAAUGUCCUGUUCCUUUUUUUUUCUUUUCUUUUUUUGCUAAGUUUCUGUGAAGUGCGGUAGGCCUAGCCCACGGCUGGGGUACUGCGCUAUAUAAGUCCACUUCAAUAAUAUUAUAUGCAAAUAUAUGUUUUCUUACACACUUUCAGUUCACUCUCUCUUUGAAUAAUGCAGAAUUUCAACAUAUAUUACAUUCAUUAAUGAAACUAAUUUUAUAAAUCUAAAAAAAAAUUAUCCUUUUCUAAGUUCAUUGGCUACUUUUUUGGUAUUAUAAAUCUCAAAUUUUACCGUAAUAAAACUUAAUUCUUAUGUGUCCUGUAAUCUCCUUGGUAGCUUGCAAAACAGAAACAUGUGCUAAGCAUGUUUUGGGUUUUCAACAACUUAAUUUCCAUCUCCAACAUAAAGUGCUUCAGUUUCUAAACAGUGAGCUACAUUGAGAUCUUGGUGCACAAAAGUUUUUUGAUUUCUAAUUAUUUGUUGUUUAUUGUUUUGUAUUGUCUGCUGAUGAAAUCAUCUAUCAGAAAUGUUCUUUUUAUUGUUCUUUCUUUUAGUUUCAAGCUGAAAUAUAUCUUCUGAAAUAAUUCCUUCACACUGCUUAAACACAUGUUAUGCUUUUUUUAUUAAAAACAUUUGGCUGUUCCUUUCCCAGAACAUGUGCAUUAAUCCAGCUGUCAAGAAGCUCAACUCUCUCAACAUGAUCAAUGACAAGUGUCUGGAGCUGCAGCAGAAAAAAAGUCAGCAGCUAUUUAAGUAUUUGUUUCCAUCUUAUUUUUAGCAUGUACUAGACCAGGGGUUAGCAAAUCGCGGCUUGCGAGCUGCAUGCGGCUCUUUAGCGACCCGAGUGCGGCUCCUCCAGUUGGCCACAAAUCGGUUUGACUCCGAAAAACAUGGUUCUUGACAAGAACUUUGGCUCUCAAAAAUUUUUUAAUCAUGCUACCGAUGAUUUUUGCCUAAUGAGUUUGCCGACCACUGUACUGGAUACAUGCACAAUUUUUCCUACUUUAUUAUGUACUUAAUUACCUGUAGCUAUAAAACUUUUAGGCUUUUUUUGUGAUGGCCUUAAUCCAAAAAAUAUUUAAUGUAUAGCUGACUAAAAAAUUCAGGCCGUGGUUUGCUACUUGACCUUGUUUGGGAGCUUAAAAUAUCUUAAUUCACUUAACAAUAGUUUGUGCAAUCAGUUAUUUUGAUUUUAACUGCUAUCAAAUAAAUCUCUAAUAAGGCAAGAAAAGACCUGGCUGUGCCUUUCACAAACAAGAACUGUUGCAUGCAUUCAAAGAUAAGGCCUUGGUGAGUUUACAAUAUAUGCAAAUUUAAAAGGUUAAAAAAAAGUUAACUUGCGUCAUUAUGGUGAAAAACAAAAACAAACAUGGAUUUAACACCUUUGAUAUCUCUUGGAAGCAUUGAAUGUCAAAUAAUUUUUUUUAAAAUUUUAAAAUGUUUAAAGCCAAAAAUGAACAAAUCAAACCAGCCAAUUACUUUCAGUGCACUCAUCUAAUUUCAAUGUUAUUUCAGCUUGAAGUUACAGAUAUUGAACAGCUGGUGGUGACAGGGAAAGCAAUGAAGGCUUGUCCCUACUAUGGUGCACGCUAUGCUGUGCCUGCAGCAGAGGUAGGUCCUCUCGUGAAUAUCUCCCAUUCCUGUUAUGCCUCUAAGCAUGCUAAAAAAGAACUCUAACGUCCCCCAUCAAUCAUAAAAAUAAUUUAAAAGGCCUCUUAAUAUAUAUGCCAUAUCUGUACUCGUUGUUUAAUUUAUUUUGUUAAAACAGCCUCUGGCAGUUCACUGUAUUUCAAAAUGUCUGGAUGUUUAUGCACCAAGAAAGCAUUCACCUUCUUUCACUCUGCUAUGUGUAACAUCCCAUGAAAGGUAUCCGCUGCCACUCUAGGACACAUUGAGGAAUGGUGGCAACAUUCAAGUGCUAGAAUUAACUUUAUUGUUCACAUGAUACAAUCUACUGAUAACUCAUCUUUGACAGAUUGUUGCCCUGCCUUACAACACCCUCUUACACAAGUCCACCCGUGAGGCCUGUGGCAUAAAGCUGGCCGGUAAUGUCGUCAUCAUCGAUGAGGCCCACAACCUCCUGGAGACAAUCAACAACAUCCACAGCGUGGAAAUAACAGCCUCACAGGUCAAUACAAAAUUCAUCAUUCAACUAAAAAAUUCAAGAAUUAAAUUAUAUAAUUUUUUUAAAAUUUUAAAAUAAACUUUAAAAAAAUUUAACCUGUUGAUCCCAGUUGUUUUCCUGUUGAGCUCAUAAAUGAGUAUUUAGCUAUAUAAGUAAAUAAUUUUUAAAAUAAAUUUGAUUCAUGUGCGUUGAAGACUUAAACGCAAUUAUCUGACAUGCUUACAUGCUUCACUGCUCAUUCAGGUUGUGAAAGCUCACUCUCAGCUCAGCCAGUAUGAGAAGAAAUAUGUUUCACGUCUGACUGCCAAGAACCUUAUGUACGUGCGUCAAAUUCUCUUUGUUUUGUCACACAUUGCAGAGUUUUUAGGAGGUGAGCUUUGUAUCUAUAGGGAUUUGUGUGUGUGUGUGGGGGGGGGGAAGGGUUGAUAUGUUUUAUAUCCUCUCUAGAAUUUAGUUGUUAUCUUUAUAAAGCAUGUCUUAAACAUUUUCUAGAAAGUAUUUAAGUCACAAAGAAACCAAAAAGUUUUGAAAGAAGACAAUGUAUUCUAUGACUCUAUGGCUUCUUUUGUCAUUUCAGCCAAAGUGAACACAUCAACAGAUUUGCAGACAAAUAGUAAAGCAGGUUUGUGAACAUCGUAUGACCAUAUAAUUUGCCAUAAUGCUUAUCAAAAGGCUUAAUGAAAAUUAAUUACAUAUUAAAGGAAAUAUUUGAAGUUUAAUUUUCUAAGUUAAUACUUAUUAAACUUACAAUUUAAAAACUCAAAAAUUCACCCUCACAUCAUGUGAAAAGUUAAACAGUUAUAAGUUAUUUAUAGUUAUCUAGUGAUAAGUAUGUCAUGAAAAGGUUUGUUCAGACUUUAAAAAUGAACAAUUUAAAAAUGCAUCUAUAAUCACUUUUUUAAUCAAUCAGAUGUGCGCCUGCUAAACUUGAAUGAUUUCCUGUUCCAAGCAAAGCUGGACAAUUUGAAUAUGUUUAAGUUACUUCGAUAUUGUCAUCGCAGUAGAAUAAGUAAAAAGGUAAGGCCCCCCACCAUUUGUAGAGUUUUCUAUUGAUAGACCUUUCAUGUGGUUUUGUUUAGGAAGACAUCUUUCCUUAUUAAAGAGCCUGUUGUUUCAUGCAAAAGAACUAGAAAGUAAAAUAAAUGGCUGCAUUUUAUUUUAUUUUUUAAAUAUUCAAAUAUAAUUUUUUAAAAAGUGAAUAAUUGAACCAUGAUGUUCCACAUACAAAUCUUUAAAAAUAAAUUUAAUCAGAUGUGCAACUAAACCUGCAUGAUGCAUUUGUUUUUUUCUCAGUUAAAAGCAAAUUAUAUUUAUUUAAAAAUGAUUUGUUUCAACUCUAUUUAAACAGUAAAGUGUGUGUCUGUCUUAAUUAAAUCAAGGGAUUUAUAGUUUUAUAUGUUUCAUUCUCAAGAGUUAUAACACUUAAGAUGAAAAUAAAAAGCAUUCUGACAAAUUGUUUAGCCGUGCCAAUGUUUUUAGUUAUAAUGAAACAAAAUCAAUAUUUCAGCUGAAUGGUUUUGUGGAGAAGUAUCAAGAGGCAGAAAUAAGACCAGGUAAUAGUUUGAAUGAUUAAAUAUUGAGAUUACAUAUUAUAGCAAAUAUUAAGAAGGAACUGUAGUGAUUUUUAAAACAAUUAUUGAAUGCAUUUAUGUUUUAUCUUACAGAGCAGGAAAAAACAAAAACUCCAGUUUCAGGUGUUACCAAGUUUCUCCAAAACAUUAACAUGGCUAACCAAAAAAAUCUGGAGAACAAAGUGACUUUAGAAGGCAAGGAAUUUUGAUUUAUAUUAAGAUGUCUCUCUUGCUUUUAAAGAUGUGUAAGACAUUGAAGAGCUAAACUUUAACUUUUUUUUAAUGAAAGCUAUGUUUAUAAAAAUUUAACAACCUUUGCUUUUCUAUGAUUAUUGCCCUAUUCUCAAACUUGGUUAAUUUAACUUAAUUUUUUUUUAAAUUAAUAAAAGGCUUUUGUUAAUACUAAUUAAUAAUGCCUACACAUUUAGUACUUGAGAGAGCUUUUAAAUAUAAUGUACUUUGAUGUUUUAUCAGCUCCACCAAAAGACUUGCAACCUGCCAGUUUAAUGAGAUCUCCCCUUAUGCAGAUUGAGAGUUUCUUGGACACCUUGACCAAUGCAAACCAAGAUGGUAGAGUGGUUGUGAACAAGCAAGGUACUGAAUAGGUUGUAUUGAUUGUUGUUAAUUUUGUCAGCAUGAGUGCAGGCAGCUGUCCUGAGGUAGAGGAAAUAUUACACUUCAAUUGAACAUUAUUUAAAUCACUCUGCAGUUGUGUGCAGCCAUUUGAGCUAUUAGUAUUAGCUCCAAAAUGGUGGCUAUAGUAUGUGAAAUAAGACAAACAAUGACAAAUGUGUUUCUCCCUCAGUAAAGCUGAGCCAGACAAGUCUGAGAUUUCUCAUGUUAAACCCAGCUGUUCAUUUCAUCAGUGUGUUGAAAGAGGCCAGGGCAGUUGUUGUAGCUGGUGGAACAAUGCAGCCGGUAAGCAACUCAUGCAGUUUCGUUCAACAAAUAAUAAUCAUUAUAUCGGUCAUGGAAUUUUACAAAGCUAUUCCCAUCAUUCUGUCAAUGUGGCUUCAAAUAAUUUAAAAUGAUUUCUUAUAACAGUUUAAUAAGUUACUGUCAACUGAAUAUCCUUUUUAUUUCAUUAAUUCUUUCACUGCGGAAUUUUUUUAUUGAAAAAUUGUACAUUAUUUUCAAAGAGCAAAAAAUAGUGAGAGACUGGGUUUAUUAAAAAAUAUUUAAAAUAUUAAUGUUUGGUUUUUACAACUAAACUUGAUACCAAAAGAAAGAUAAUUUAAUGGACUACAUGUUUGUAAAUUUAUUUCUUUAGUUUAAAUAAAAUAAGUAAACCAUUUUUCCCCAAACCCUAUGGUGUACACAAACCUCAUCUUCACUUAUAUAACUCAAAUCCUCUAAAACUACUAUCAGAGUCAUGCCAUGGAUAUAAAUAAAAUCAUCUUCACUAUCAAAAGAAAUAUUGCAAAACAAUUGAAAAACUUUUUGAGCUGUUAAUCGUCUAGGAAGCUUACUCACCUACUAGGGCCCAGAGUAGCCAUAGCAACAGUAGAAAAAAUUGGGAAGAAGUCAUUAAAAUAAUGCUUCAAAUGACUACAAAUAAAUCUUGCUUUCGCUUAUAAACAAUGAAGUACCACUCUGUAAAAGUCAUUAAAAAAUAGCUCUUAAAAAGCUUAACCGAGAAAUAGCAAAGAAACAAACAUGAUAUUGAAACAACUCACAGAGCGUUGGUCCAUGCUUUUUAGCAUGGCGGAUGAACGCACUGUGCAUUGCUUCACAGUAAAAGAGGUAAUUCUUGUAAAUUCCAUAUGAGGUGAUGGCUAUUGAACAUAAUGGCAGUUUGGCCAAACAUUAUCAUUAAAAACAGUGUUUUUUUAAAGUGAAAGAUCACUUCAUACAUUUUUAAAAUGCUAUUUAUGGGGCGAUUACUAAACUUAAAUAUUGUAACAGUUGAUUCAUACUGUCCUCAUACCACUGUCCAGAUAUCAGAGUUCAAAGAUCAACUCUUUCAUGCUGCUGGAAUUCAGUCCAAUAGGAUAAUGGAAUUUUCCUGUGGUCAGUGAUUAUCUAUAUCAUUAAAAAUAGUCAUAGACUUUACUGUUUACUUCCUUCACACUUUAGCCUAUCUGUAUUUUCAUGUGGUCAGUCUUUAUCUGUAUCAUUAAAAAUAUUCCCUAGACUUUCCCAUUUAUUGGCCUCAUACUUAAGCUUCUUGUAUAACAGCGAUGAUCAUACUAUUGUUAACUCAUUUACAUUGACUUUGUUUGUUUUAGGUCAUGUUAUUCCAGGUCGUCAACUCCUUCCUAUGGUUGUUUCUAAAGGACCAACUGGCGCUUCCCUAGAUUUCACAUAUCAGUCCAGAGAUAAGUCACACAUGGUAUGGCCAGAUUUACCUGUAAAAAAAAAAAAAAAAAACAAAAAAAUAACAAAAAAUUAUGUCUCUGAUAAAUGAUAAAAAUGUCCAAAAAUUGUAAUAAACAUUCUGACAGUAGUAAUCACUUGGUUGUUUCUAAAGGACCAACUGGCGCUUCCCUAGAUUUCACAUAUCAGUCCAGAGAUAAGUCACACAUGGUAUGGCCAGAUUUACCUGUAAAAAAAAAAAAAAAAACAAAAAAAUAACAAAAAAUUAUGUCUCUGAUAAAUGAUAAAAAUGUCCAAAAAUUGUAAUAAACAUUCUGACAGUAGUAAUCACAAUUUAAAAUAUUAAAAUAUUUAGACUACCCAUAUUUCAUUUAUAUAGGUCAGAUAAAUGGACUCUCCUGGUUUUUAAAGUUUUCUCUUGUAAUGUUAUCACAACCCUCAGAAAUUUAAUGCAUUUUAGAAACCCAAGGCCAAGGGAAUUAUGAACUAUGAAAUGUUACAAGUAUUUGUUUGAGACCAUUUACAUUUUCAGAUAGAAGAGCUCGGGCGAGUUGUAACUAAUGUAUGUAAUGUUGUUCCUGGAGGAGUGAUAUGUUUCUUUGCUUCAUAUGAUUAUGAGAGUUUGGUUUAUGCAGCAUGGGAAAAAUCUGGUGUUAUCAACAAGAUAGAAGCCAAGAAAAAGGUAUAUGCAAGACUUCGCACAUAUAAUUAUGCCAUGAUGCUUUAAAAUUCCUUUUUUUAAAUUUAUUAAUGAGACACAAACAAUUUGUGUAAAUAAAACAAUAAAUGUUAAGCUUUAAUUGUGAUUAGACACAAUACAAGUUCAAACAUUUUGGCAAAUGCCUUCAUUAGUACAAUAAAAAAUAUUGAUAUAAUGAUAAAUUAAACUUACAUAAUAUUUAUGUAUAUCCUUACCUGUACCUAAAAAUGAAACAAAGGAAAAGAAUAAGAAUGGGCACGAGUCACUAACGAAAGCAAAGAUCAGAAGAACUAGAAAUAAAGAUGGAAUAUGAAAGAAGUUGAUGAUUUGAUUUUACUAUAAAUUUAAUUAAACAGGUAUUCAGGGAGCCUAAGAGAAGUGGUCUGGCUGAUCAAGUAUUAAUGGAAUACUCAGACUGUAUCAAGGUUGGUUGGCCAAGAGUUAAAGUUUAUACAAGCUCUACUUAUACUAUCCCAUAUGAUUUUAGUUAUUAAUGAUAGAACUGAAAUGGCUGACAGAACUAAAAUGAGCGACGCAACAUUCUAUUUGUAAUUCAUACCAAAAGAAGCUUUUGACAAUAAAACUAUUUAGUGAAUAAAAGUUUGUUUGUUUGUGAUUCCCAUUUACAGAGAUGUUUGUCGUGGCAGGGUACCAGAACUGGUGCUUUGUUGUUGAGUGUUGUUGGAGGAAAGAUGAGUGAAGGGAUCAACUUCUCUGAUGACAUGGGCAGGUUGGUAAAAAAAUUGGAUGUAUCAUAAUUAGUUAUUAAUAUGUUCAACAACUAAAGCACCAAUAAUAAUAAACAACUAAAACACCAUUAAUAAUGGCUCCAAACAUAAAAUUGAAUGCAGUCAUUCAUGUAUUGUGUAUUGACCACUUUCUUAAUUACCCAAUGCACUCAUUGUAAGCCGACCUUUUUGGAAAUAUUUCAGUGUAAAAGGUAGGAUGGUCAGAUUUGAGUGGGUCAUAAAGGAUUUGUAUAAUUUUUUCUUACUACAUCGAUUCACUUAUAGAAUAUAUAAUGACGAAGAAAUUUUCGGUAAUUGAUGAAGUCACUGUAGUGCUGUGUGCAAAAUUGUGUCACAAGUGUGGGUUCUUACAAUGCAUUCCCAACUGUUCCACACAACAUGGUCAGAUUGUCAUAUUUUAUAAAAUCGUAUCAGCAAUUGAAAUCUAUUUUUAGAUGAUCAGAGCAACUCUCAUUUUGAUAUAAUUUGGUACCUGAACCUGAAUUAUAUUUAAUACCACAUACCAAGACUAUGACAAAGUGAUCUGCUCUGGCACAAACUUGUUAAUGAUAAUUAUAUCAGAGUACACUCCUCAACAAGACAAUCACGUGUUUCUUGCCAUCUAUUUUUGGAUAUGUCCAGUGGGUUUAGCCACAUGAAGAAAGUACAUGUUGUCUCACACAUAACACUGUAGUUUUUUCAUUUGCCUAUUUGACAUACACAAUUAUUUUGAAAAGUCUGGAUUUUAAAUAAAAAUAUUUUCUUUAGUACUGUGUUGCUUACACUUUCACUAGCAUGUUAUUCACUAGGGUCGGCUUAUUAACAGGUUAUACACUUUUCAGGCUUUUCCCUGCCAAAAUUGUGUGUGAGUGGUAGGGGGGUGGUUUGGCAUAUAAACUAACAGGCUUCAGAACUAGUAUAUAUGUUACUCCAAAUGUCAUAUCAGCUGUGAUGUAUUGUAUGUAAAGAGGGGGCAUCAAAACAAAUGAAAUGCACAAUUUUGAAUUCAACAAAGAUCCCACUAACCAAUUACAUCCGGAACAAUGAGAAAUGCUUCACUGUGCCUCGGUGUAACACAGUCCAAUAUAAAAAAAUCAAACUUCCCAUGCACAAUAAUGGCUUGGAACCACCUGGACAAUGCCGCCGUGGACUUAGCAUCAAUCGAGAGCUUCAAGGCUAGGAGCCGUUAGGAUAGCAGCAUGGCUUCCCCAACUGUUGCACAUAUGCCAGUGCAUGGAUUGAGCAACGUACCCUACCAGAACCAGGAGGACCCACAUAUUCUCUUUUUGGAGUUAACUCUGUGUGCUUACAGUGAUCCUAGUCAAAUGAACUGGAGUGACAUUUCCUUGUUUACAAUCAUGGGCACUUGGUGACAGGCAUGUAAAUUUGUUUGAUAAUCAUUAUAUUUAGAAUUGUCUCCUCUUGUUUUCACCAGGUGUGUGAUGAUGGUUGGUCUGCCCUACCCCAAUAUUAACUCUCCUGAACUGAAGGAAAAGAUGAGCUAUCUAAAUGCACAUUUUGUAGGUUUUAGUUACCAUAAUCUAGUGUUACCGUAAUGCUUUAUUUUUACAGAUACAACAAUAAAUAGUCUUUUGAAUGUUUUAUUAAGUCAGGGCGGUCUAACUGUAAGUUAGUCAGGGGUGGCAUUUUAUAUUCCUUGACCAGUGGUCAGUAGCCCACCUCUCCUGAGCCGCAUAAGUUUCUUCAAAGGAAUAUAUGCUGCACAUUUUUUUUUAACAUGCAGCUCCCAAAAUAAUCUCUUAGCAGAUAUGAUUUUAUAAAAAUAGCUCCUUACUCAAAAAAAGUUGCUGACUCAUAUUCUUGGGGAAAAUCUAGCUCUAUACAGAGCUGGUGCUGGUAUGAACAAUUUGCUGUUGUUGAAACUCUUUUAAACAGAAAAUAAUACAUUGUUUUUUUUUUAAAUAAUUAAUGUGCAGUUCAUUAAUAAUCCAUGUAAUAAUUUAUUUUUCACAUUUUAAUUCGAGAUUGUUUACGGAACUUAUGAAUGAUGCUUUAUAUUUUUUUUUAAUGUAUCACUGGACCUGAGGAUGCCUAUUGUAGCCCUGUAUUAAGUUAACCCUGCUCCCACUACAUGUCUUUGUUAACAAAAGAAAUUAUUAAAAUAAAUAAUUGUUCACUUUUCUUAUUUAGCCAAAAGAUCAAGAAGGGAGAUUAGCAGGGCAAGUGCAUUAUGAGAACCUGUGUAUGAAAGCAGUUAACCAAUCCAUAGGUAAAAUUUUAACAAAGAUUAUAUAUAUAGCAAUAUAGUUACAUGCAGACUCUGGGGUCGAGCAUCACAAAGAGAUACAUGUAGGAAUAUAGUUAAGUGCAGACUCUAGUGUCGAGCACACAUUAUAAACUAUUUAAACUUUGAUAUUGACAACUUUUCUAAAGACACUGCCAAUUAAAUCAUUGCAUGUAUUUAUCCAGAGUAGAUUGUCAUCCAUGAGAGACAAGAAUUAUCUGCAACAUUUCAAUUAACUUAAAAUGUCCUGUCCUUACUGGUACUUCACUUCAGGUAGGGCCAUUCGACACAAAGAUGAUUAUGCUGCCAUUAUGCUAGUAGACCAGCGUUAUUCUAAGCCCAGCAUAUCAAAUAAACUGCCACAGUGGAUAAGUAAGCAUCUGAGUGUAGCAGACAACUUCUCGCAACUCAUGCAAGCUCUGCCAAAAGUA